AUGGACAAUGAAAGAGGACUGCAGAGUGUAGUAUACUCCUACUCGGGACACAACAAGGUUCAAGGGGCUAGUAAUUUGCUGCAGGCUAUUGAUGAGAGCUGUGCUCCUUAUGGCAAUUCCUAUCAGAGGAGGACACCUACUCGAAGACUUCCCAAGGUGCUUAUAGUUCCUACAAAGGAACAACCCAUCUUCAGCACCCGAGCUCAUGUCUUCCAGAUUGACCCAAACACUAAGAAGAACUGGGUUCCCACCAGCAAGCAUGCUGUUACUGUGUCCUACUUCUAUGACAGCACAAGAAAUGUCUACAGGAUAAUCAGUUUGGAUGGCUCAAAGGCAAUAAUAAAUAGCACUAUCACCCCCAAUAUGACAUUUACUAAAACAUCCCAGAAGUUUGGCCAGUGGGCAGACAGCAGAGCGAAUACAGUCUAUGGCUUGGGAUUUUCUUCUGAACAUCAUCUUUCAAAA